AUGGGGAAGCGUGAAACUGCCGAGUUGACCAGUAAAUUUAUUCCACAUCAGCAACUUAAAAAAUACAUGAAUUUAAAUUUAUCCCCCGAUUCCGAGAGUUUAUGCAAGGUACGUGCAGUUUACACACGGACACCAGCACUGUAUACACCCUAG